UCGGGUUGUGCAACCCUAUAGUAGCCACAGACAAGAAGAACAAACAAUAGCAGAUUUUAUCAUAAGAAUGAUAAACCAGAAGGAGGUGUCCAAUGCAAAUUUACUGCCAUCUUACUCUUUAUCUCCACAGGAAAGCUCACCAGUGAAACCAGGUGACUGGGUGUUCAUCAAGGUCCUAAAAAGGAAGAACUGGACCAGCCCACGGUGGGGGGGACCAUACCAAGUCCUCCUAACAACACCCACGGCAGUAAAAAUAGCUGAACGCCCCAGCUGGAUACAUCUCAGUCACUUGGCGGUUCGUCUCAAUCGUCAGCGAAGAAACCAGCCGAACCCAACAUCCAUUAGAACCUGGAUCUUUGAAGUGACUCUGCAACCUAACAGCAUGGAAGGCCCACUGCUGGGAGACCGCAGCAGGUGGGCGCAGAGCUGCGCUGUGACUGUAGCAUGUCUUCUUGUCGCACUGACUUUCCUAGCAAUGGAACAGUACGAUCUAACUACUCAGUUGUAUGCAGAAUACCAACAGGGUCAGAGGAAGCUGCAGAUUAUUCCUGAUCAGAACUGUCCCUACACCCCACCACGCACGACGGAAACGUGCUGCACCAGAGUUCAGCAUGAACGCCCUACAAAUGACUACCAGUACUGGAGUCCCAUGGGAGUUCCGCAUCUGGGGUGGAGGACCAAAAUUCGGACAAUCACUCCUUCCAUGGAUCGGAGUGGCAGAAGUAAGGGACCACAUCGAGAUCAAUAGGAGGUGUGUGCAAAAUGGUUGGAGACACCUGCUGCACUUUCAUGCCGGACAGCACCAGUGAUGGACAGGACAUUUCUACCGCACUGCACGACUUAGCAGAGCUGCAAGCCUACGUUAAGUCUGCGACUCCUGGCGCCAGUCCCACCUGUGACAUCUGGUCCUGGCUGACCACAGGCCCAUGGUGGCACCUCCUGCUGAAGUUAUUGACCCCUAUACUCAUCGUUUUGUGCCUAUUUUGUCUUUUUACAACAUGCGCUCUGCCUUAUGUCAUGUCCAUGAUCGCAAAGGCCACUAUGCAGACUUUCAUUCGUUACCAGCUUGUCCAACAAGCUGAAGAGGACCCCUCCCCAUGUGAAUACUCCUACGUCAGAGGCAAGUGGUGAAAUGAUGAUGUUUGAUACCCUGUUCUAAAAAUGAAAAAAAAAAUAAAAUAAAUAAAAACAAAAAAUAAUAAUACAAUUUUUCACGUUUGUACCUUCCCCUUAUAGUGUUUACUUAUGACCUGUUUGAAAUGAUAAAAAGGGAGGGAUGUUAGAGUUGUAUAAUUAUCAUUUGCUUGCACACUAUAAUCUCCAUAAUAUGAUUGUCUCAUUUCUAUCUGUCAGUAAGAAAACAAUGACCUGAAAAGUUCUGAUUAUACGAGAAUAUGAUGUUCUUGUUGUUUCUGAUUAAAUGACCCACAUUCAUGUCUGCAACCUUCAGUUUUCAAUAAAAGAAGACUCCAUGCACUAGG